AUGCAGAACAGGACUUCCAACUAUGCAAAAUAUUCGCAAUUUCAUUUUUCAAUUCCCGACUACUGUGUCUUUGGAGCGCUUUUGUUGUUCUCCACAGGAAUCGGUAUCUAUUUUGGCUACAUAAGAAAGAAACCGGUUAAAUCAAGUCGCGAUGAGGAACCAAACGAUCAUAACGUACCCGACUUUGGUUCUAAAAGAAUGAAUGAAUAUAUGCUGGGAUCCAGACAAAUGAAAGUAUUUCCAGUGGCAAUGAGCCUUGUUGCUAGCUACAUUUCUGGCGCAACUAUGCUGGGCACACCAUCGGAAAUCUACAAUUAUGGAACUCAAUAUUGGUUCAUCAUUAUACCGAUCAUUUUGAUGGCAAUUACGGUGUCAAAAGUGUAUAUGCCAGUAUUUUCCGUGUUAAAAGUUAGUUCUUCUUAUGAGUAUUUGGAAAUUCGUUUCGGCGGCAGUGUUCGGACUAUUGCCGCGGUUCUGUUUACUUUUAACUUGAUGUUGUACUUGCCAAUAGUUUUAUAUGUGCCCUCAUUAGCGUUUAAUCAAGUCACUGGAAUAAAUGUAUACAUCACUAGUAGCUUCAUCAGCUUAAUUGUAGUGAUCUACACAAUAUUGGGUGGUAUUAAGGCUGUGAUCCAUACAGAUGCAUGGCAAACAUUGGUUAUGUUUAUUGGGCUUAUAGUUGUCGUCCUACUUGGAACAAUAUAUGCAGGUGGAUUUGGACCAGUAUUUCAGCACGCUGCUGAAGGUGGGCGCAUCAUAUUUGCUAAUAUAAACCCAUCUUUAUAUGAGAGACAGUCAUUGUGGGCUGUAUUGAUUGGUGGCUUUUUCUAUUGGACCAGUAUUAAUAGUGUAAACCAGACGAUGGUUCAACGCUACAUGUCCCUGCCGACAUUGAAAAAAGCACAGCAAUCGAUGACGAUUUUUGCGAUCAGUGCUAUAAUAUUCAUUUCGUUUUGCUGUUUUGCCGGUUUAUUGAUAUUUGAUUACUAUCGAAACUGUGAUCCACUAAGCGCUGGACUUAUCUCGAAUAACGAUCAAUUACUACCGAUCUAUGUAAUGCAUACGGUUGGUCAUCUGCAAGGCAUACCGGGUCUCUUUAUAGCUGGCGUCUUUGGCGCAGGCUUAAGUUCUUUAUCAAUGGGAUUUAAUUGUGCUGCUUUGGUGAUCCUUCAGGAUAUUGCGCGUGCUAGUUUUAAAGUGAAGCUAAGCGAACGCGCUUCAACGAUUCUUGUCAAAUUCACAAUAAUUAUUCAGGGUAUAAUUGCGGUUGCAUUAAUUUUUGUACUCGAAAAGUUAAGUGGCAUUUUGAGUGUAGUGUCUUCGCUGGUUGCCAUUGAAACUGGCACCAGUUGUGGUAUAUUCACACUCGGGAUGUUGGUACCAUGGAGCACAACGAAAGGUGCUUUGGCCGGCGCUGCUGCAGGCGCAAUUAUGUCUGGUUGGGUGUCUUUUGGCACACAAGCAGCAAUGGCAAGCGGUCAACUUGGUUCGCAUAAGUUGGAAGUUUUCGUAUCGGAGUGUCCUGCUAAUUCAACAAUAACUGAACCCGGUUAUGUUGAUGAGUCGGACGUAUUUCCUUUAUAUCGUUUAUCGUAUCAUUGGAUACCUGUGAUUGGUGUUUUAUCAACAUUGUUGGUUGGCACUGUCACAUCUUUUCUUUGCGGUGCAAAGGACUUGAAAACGUUGGACGCAGUUGUAAUUUCACCUGUAAUCCAUAGAUUUUUACCGAAGGAAUGCUUCAAUGCUACACCCAAUGCAAGCCCUAUUUUAUCCCGAGGUAAAUCUGAGCGAAUAUUAUCUGACCUUUCGAAUAAGUCCAAACACACGAGGAGUGCUACGGAGAAAUACUAA